GCUUCAAGGCGUGAGCCGUGAGGUAUCUGAUUGCUUGUUCCCCAAGCCCAUCGUUAUCCGAUCCAAUUUGAUUCCUUUAUUUAUAUCCUUCCAAAUCCCUACGUCAGUUUUUAUUUAAUUUCUCUUGAUCCAGUUCCUGAAGGCUCCCGGCGUCCCAAUCGCGUCUUCCGUCUUCGAUCGAUCGGAGGAAUCCCAAUGGCGAAGAGUUCCUUCAAGCUCGAGCACCCCCUCGAAAGGAGGCAGGCUGAAGCUUCUCGCAUCAGAGAGAAAUACCCUGACAGAAUUCCUGUAAUUGUCGAGAAGGCCGAAAGGACUGAUAUACCAGACAUUGAUAAGAAGAAGUACCUGGUUCCUGCUGACUUGACUGCUGGGCAAUUCGUUUAUGUUGUUCGGAAGAGGAUCAAGCUCAGUCCAGAAAAGGCCAUCUUCAUUUUUGUGAAGAACACACUACCUCCCACAGCUGCAAUGAUGUCUGCCAUCUACGAGGAACACAAAGAUGAGGAUGGCUUUCUUUACAUGACAUACAGUGGCGAGAACACAUUCGGUGGCUACUGAGAUCGAAGGAAGACGAACAGACUGCCAUCAUUCAUUAGGAUGAAAAUAAUAAGAGCAUAUUGUGUAUAUAUUUCUGAUAUUGGUGUAAGUUUCUGUUCCAUAAAGAUGAACUCAAGUUGGAAAGUCGGUCACAUGUAACCCUGUAACAAUGGCGACAUUUGUUCUAGUUUAAUUUGCUUCAAUGAUAUGGAUCAUCACUUUUUUA